AUGGAGUCCGCCGACACCCACACUCUUGUUGCGGCCACGCCCAUUGACAAUGCAGACAAGCUCAAGAAGACCCCUUCCCCAAACAACGUCUACAAGACUAACUCCCUUCAACAUGUUGACUCGACCGACUUUCCCGAGCUGCCAGAACCCUUCUGGAGCAAGUACCUCCCCAAUCCGUACAGCGAGAAGCGUGUGCUCAACCUCACCCCCUUCCAGAUGAAGUGGGCCGUCCAGCUCGUCGCCGGUAUCGCCAUUCUGUUCUUUGGUUUCGAUCAAGGUGUCAUGUCAGGCGUCAACGAAUCCAAAGACUACCUCCGCCUCAUGGGCACCGCUUCGGGCGUCGAUGGCAACGAGACAGAGCGAGACAGCGCUGCUAUCGGUGGAAUCGUCGCUAUCUACUACCUCGGCACGUUGCUGGGCGGUUUCCUUGGUGGUUAUAUGGCCGACAAUGCUGGUCGCAUGAAGACCAUCCUCUUUGGCUCCUUCUGGGUCGUUCUCGGCGCCUCCCUUCAGGUCUCCGCCCAGAACAUCACAUGGAUGAUGAUUGCCAGAGUACUCUGUGGCAUAGGAACAGGAAUCUACAAUGCCGUGGUGCCUGUCUGGGUAGCCGAGCUGUCCCGUCAUGACAAACGCGGGCAGGCCAUCGGGUUUGAGUUCACUGCAAACAUCGCGGGUCUAGCCCUAGUCUACUGGAUCUCUUUCGCAGUGAGAGACAUGGAAACGGGAGGAUUCAACUGGCGCUUUCCCCUAGCCUUCCAACUUAUCUUCAUCAUCAUGUUGGUCGCCUGUCUGCCGUUCUUCCCCGAAUCGCCACGCUGGCUGGCCAAGAUGGGGCGAGUCGACGAAGCGCGUCGCAUCCUCUCUCGAUUGCGCGAGCAGGACGUCGAAGUCGAGCGCGAGCUGCAGGAGAUUCUCGCCGUAGCCAGGGUGGAGCGUGUUCGUCAAGGAAACGGCGAGGACGGCUUCCUUCAUAUGUUGUGGACGUCGGACGGCAAGCUUCAUAUCCGACGCAGGAUCAUCCUUGUCGUGUGGCUCCAGAUCUUGCAAGAGCUGGCCGGAAUCGGAGUCAUCACGGUCUACGCUCCUACCGUCUUCCGGUCGGGCGGGUUCAGCGAUACACUCGCUCGCCUGCUCUCUGGAUUCAACGAUGUGUCGUACAUGUUCUCAGUCCUGAUCGCCGUCUUCCUUCUCGACCGUACCGGUCGCCGCAAGACGCUCUACUGGGGCAACAUCGUCAUGGGGAUCUGCCUGUUCAUCGCCGGCGUCGCAGCCAAAUACUCACUCCAAUACGGCGCUGAGUCGGCGACACCCGAUCUGGCGCUUGCCAAGCGAUGGGGCGCUGCUCUCGCAGCCAUGGUCUUCCUCUACACGGCCACAUUCGGCGCCACCUGGCUCAGCGUCCCCUGGCUGUAUCCAACCGAGGUGUUCCCCUUGUUCAUCCGUGCCAAGGGCGGAAGCUGGUCCGUGUUCGGUUGGAGUAUCGGCAAUGGCAUCGUGACCGAGAUCACGCCGUUCUUGUUCAACGCGAUCAGCUACAACACUUUCUUCCUCUUUGGAGCACUCAACUUCUUCUGCCUGCCCUUCGUGUGGGCCUUCUACCCCGAGACGAGCUGUCGUUCGCUCGAGUCGAUCGACGAGCUGUUCGAGUCCGAUUCAGCGUUCAUCGCUUUCGACAAGCGACUCACGCAAGUCAGAAGAGAGAGCCUCGACGAGACGCACAAAGCCUGA